CUGUCGACCCAGCGCCAUUUUUUCAAUACAAGACUCGGCCUGCAUAAAUUAUGUUCAUGACGUAGUGCAAAAGAGCAAAAUUGUGUUAAUUUUUCGGUACUUUUCUGCAGAUAAGGUUUUACCUUGGCUAUUAAGGCACACUUGCUUCACCAGCACGACAGUUAACGGAAAGACGUCAUUAAAUAUUUAGUUAUAAAGAGGACCAGCGCUUUCCCGAGCCUCCUUAUCAAUGCAAAUAGCUCUUUUGUGUGCAUUCGUAGCGCGCGUCGGAAGCUGUGAGAUGAAUUUUUAAUUAUGCAUAUUUAAAACAAACUGUGGCAAAGCUCGCCGAAGGAGGAGAAAUAAAGGAAAUACCCCAGCUUUCAGCGGGUGGUACUGUGGAGCUGGUAACAUCCCCUUCAACCACUAUGCAGAAUCAGUGAUCUCCUCAGAGCCUAGACUUCAUCAUGGACACUGAGGAUCUCCCUGCAAGCAAUGCGCCUCUCACUGUCAAUGAACAGCUUUUAGGUUCCUGCACUUUGAAAUUCCCAGCACAAGACGACCAGGUCAUUGUCAUGUCAGGACAGGAGACCAUCCGUGUGUUGGAAGUGGAGGUGGAUACAGCCUUGUCCUCUUCGGGGACUGAUGGGAAGGGAGAGUCAGGGGGCGAGGAGGCUACUGUUCAUAUCCUAGAUGUAGCUGAGGAGGCUCCAUUGGACAGUCCAGUAACCACAAACACUACCACAGCUGUGUCUCUGGAGGUCUCAGCACCUGCAGUCCAGACCGUGGUCUCCAAAGCCCCCAUCAGUGUGUCACUGGCCCAGCCUCAGUCCAGCUUACCCAUCACUGUCCAGGCCUGCCCACAGGUCCUGACCCAGGAUGGUUUGGCCUCUCUGAUGACCAGCAUGCUUGCACAGCAGGGUUCUCUGGGUCAGCCCCUGCUCAUUCCUCUGAGUAUGGCCGGGUCUGUAGGGGGUCAGGGGGGUCUGGCAGUGCUCACCUGGCCCACCGCCACUGUCGCCACCCUCCCUGGUCUUGCUGCAGCCAGCCCUGCCGGAGGACUGCUGAAGCUGCCAUUUGCAGGACUGCAAGCUGCUACUGUGUUGAACUCUGUCCAGACGCAGCUGCAGUCACCUGCGCAGGCGGUCCUACAGCCCCAGGUGUCUGCUCUGCAGCCAACCCAGACCACAACAGCCACCACUGCGUCUGUUGUUCAGAAAGUGUCAGAGCCCAGUGCCUCAGUCGCAACACUUCAGACUGCAGGCCUGUCCAUCAACCCUGCUAUUAUUAGUGCAGCUUCUCUGGGAGCUCAGCCUCAGUUCAUCAGCUCUCUAACUACAACUCCUAUCAUCACCAGUGCUGUGUCUAAUGUGACCGGUCAACUCAUUACCAAUGCACAGGGCCAGGUGAUUGGAACACUUCCCCUGCUGUUCAACCCUGCGGCAGCUUCUGCGUUACCAGCUCAAGGCCUGCAGGUCCAGACCGUGUCUCCACAGCUGUUCUUCAACUCCCAGGGCCAGAUCAUUGCUACGAUAGGAAACGGUCCAACAGCUGCUGCCCCCGCUGCCACCUCCGUCCUCCCCAAAGCCACUGUGCCCCUGACACUCACCAAGACCACCACACCGGGUCCCGUUGGGAGAGUGGCCCCUUCUAAAGUCAUCAUUGCUCCUCAGCCUCAAGUGGUUAAAUCCGUGACAUCCCUCACCUCUGCCGGUGCCAUCGCCUGUGGAGACAUGCCUACCGUGGGGCAGCUUGUCAGCAAGCCGCAGUCUGCUGUGAACGAAGAAGAGGCCAUAAAUCUGGAGGAGAUCCGAGAGUUUGCCAAGAAUUUUAAGAUUCGACGGCUCUCUCUGGGGUUGACACAGACUCAAGUGGGCCAGGCUCUCACCGCUACGGAGGGUCCUGCCUACAGUCAGUCAGCCAUAUGCAGAUUUGAGAAGCUUGACAUCACUCCUAAAAGUGCCCAGAAGCUGAAACCCGUGCUGGAGCGCUGGCUGGUAGAGGCUGAGCUCUGGAAUCAGAAAGGUCAGCAGAACCUGAUGGAUUUUGUGGGCGGAGAACCCUCCAAGAAGCGCAAACGGAGAACCAGCUUCACACCGCAGGCCAUCGAGGUCCUCAACACUUACUUUGAGAAAAACUCCCUUCCGACCGGCCAAGAGAUUACAGAGAUCGCCAAGGAGCUGAAUUACGACCGAGAGGUGGUUCGGGUCUGGUUUUGCAACCGUCGACAGACUCUGAAAAACACUAGCAAGAUCAAUGUGUUUCAGGCCCAGUAGGGUGUCGGUGUGUCUCUUAGAUUCCAACAGAAGAACUUUUUGGACGUUGAUGUAUUGGUGCUAGUUGCAAAAUGAUUGAUAUGACUGACUAGCUGUUGUGAUGAAGCCAGCGGCACUCAAACUGUGUGCAGUCAUAGAAUAGUCUCAAACAAACUCUUUCUGUUGGUUUUUUGUUUCCGUUAUGCUGCAUGCAGAGUGACUUUUUGCCGUGCCACCACAAUUUUCAAUGCUAAAAUAGCUUUUGGAACAAUUUAAAAUAUUGAAGAAGCUACGAAAUCCUGUAGUUGCUGUUUUUAUAGAUGAAAAGACACUUCAUUAACACACAGGAAAGAAAACGUCCAAAAUAUUCUCCAUUAUUUAGUGUUAUUCCUGACCAUUAAAAUUUGUUUUUUCACUGUAGAAAUUACAACUAUUGCUUUUGACUACAUGUAGUACAUUCUUUUGAAGGUUUCAUUUGACCAUUUUUUUUUUCUUGUGUUCAUAUAGUUUUGCUGUAAACUUUAAGAUAUGUGGUUGUUCAUUGCCUGAGACAACAAACUGGUAUUUAGUCAUUUUAAACUUCAAAAAGUCUGUCUAAGAGGGCGCAUUCAGGUUUUUGCUUCAGUUUCUAUGAGUACAGUGGUUCCCCUGUCUUUGUGAUUUAAUACUGUAGAUGUGGUUUGGUUAACUGACAAUCAUAGUACUCUGAAUCAGAAAGCAUGCCCUGCUUUUAUGUGGCUAAAUCCAAUUAUUCCAUUUUAGCUGUCAUCGUGAUUUAAUAUUCAGAUUUGUAUGAUUUCAACUGUUGUGUCUAUCUGUUGAUCUAAAUAGAAAACUGUAACUGUAUCAAAGAUUACAAUGACCGACGUAGAAUAUGUCCUAUGGAUUUUACGGUUACUGUUUUUGCCAUAACCUGUCUAGUUAAGCAGAUCGUAAUAUCAGGAGAUGCUAUUAAAGAGAGACUUACAUCUAUAUCUAUAUGGGGCACUUAAGAAACAUGAACAGCUGAAAGUUUGUUUUAAUGUUGACAAGUGUUAAAAGAUAUUACCACUAUAAAUGCAAUUCAUCAUAAUGAAUUUGGUUUGUGCUCUCAUUUGUACUCUGUCGCAGCUAUAUUCACAGGUCAUAUGAACCUUUCCCCAUUUAGUAAAACUGUCCGGACAGAAAUAUGUUGUAACAUGUUUCACAUGUUUGUUCUAAGCUUAAAGCUAUAUUGUUCUUAUGGACCUUCUGUAUUUAUCUACUGGAUUUUUAUCUUGAUUGGUACAGUUCCAUACAUUUACAUUUUAAUGUUGUGAAGGAAGGAAUGCUAUUAGAUAUAGUGUUUUAACUAAUGCUAUACAUAGACUAAACAAGGAAAAAACAGCAUCUGUUCAACACUUUAAUCUGCACAGAGCUUAUGGAUUUUAAAAUGAUGCAUUUACAUAUAAACAGUUGUAUGGUACUCCAUUAACUAUAUUUAUUUUGUAUCAGUUUUAAUGUUUGGCAUUAACUUGUUAUUUGAAAUAAAUUAACACUAAAAAGA